UGGAAAGCGGUUCAAAGGUGCUCCAUCUGGUACUUGGAGCAUCUUGGGUACAAAGAGUGAGAUUCGGGUUACACCACAUGCAGUGUUUGGUAUGCCUGUUGGAUGCGAGAAGCUUGAGUUGUAUGACUGUGAAAAGGAUAGUGUGGAAGAGAUUCAGGUGGAAUAUUCAGACGCUGUGAAAGAUCUCCCAGUGUUUGGGAAGAACAUUGGGGAAUUCUACGAGUUAUUUGCAAAGGGUGGAACAGUGGAUAAAGGGAUUGGCGAUUUCGAACAGGUAGUCAAGAUGCAUCAAGUCAUUGACAAGAUGUAA